GAGGGCUAAGACACCCAGGAAACCUCUAGUGAAAAAAGGAUCCCAAACGAACCUUAAAGACCCAGUUGGGGUAUACUGUAGGGUGCGCCCACUGAGCUUUCCUGAUCAAGAGUGUUGCAUAGAAGUGAUCAAUAAUACAACUGUUCAGCUUCAUACUCCUGAGGGCUACAGACUCAACCGAAAUGGAGACUGUAAGGAGACUCAGUAUUCAUUUAAACAAGUAUUUGGCACUCACACUACCCAGAAGGAGCUCUUUGAUGUUGUGGCUAAUCCCUUGGUAGAGGACCUCAUUCAUGGCAAAAAUGGUUUUUAAAUCUAAUGAUAGGAAUAGUAUGGAUAUCCAGUGUGAGGUUGAUGCCUUACUAGAACGUCAGAAAAGAGAAGCUGUGCCCAUUCCAAAGACACUCUCUAGCAAACGACAAAUAGAUCCAGAGUUUGCAGAUAUGAUAACUGUACAAGAAUUCUGCAAAGCAGAAGAGGUUGAUGAAGAUAGUGUCUAUGGUGUAUUUGUCUCUUAUAUUGAAAUAUAUAAUAAUUACAUAUAUGAUCUAUUGGAAGAGGUGCCAUUUGAUCCCAUAAAACCCAAACCUCCACAGUCUAAAUUGCUUCGUGAAGAUAAGAACCAUAACAUGUAUGUUGCAGGAUGUACGGAAAUAGAAGUGAAAUCUACUGAGGAGGCUUUUGAAGUUUUCUGGAGAGGCCAAAAAAAGAGACGUAUUGCUAACACCCAUUUGAAUCGUGAGUCCAGCCGUUCCCAUAGUGUGUUCAACAUUAAAUUAGUUCAGGCUCCCUUAGAUGCAGAUGGAGACAAUGUCUUACAGGAAAAAGAGCAAAUCACUAUAAGCCAGUUGUCCUUGGUAGAUCUUGCUGGAAGUGAAAGAACUAACCGGACCAGAGCAGAAGGGAACAGGUUACGUGAAGCUGGUAACAUUAAUCAGUCAUUAAUGACACUAAGAACAUGUAUGGAUGUCCUGAGAGAAAACCAAAUGUAUGGAACUAACAAGAUGGUUCCCUAUCGAGAUUCAAAGUUAACCCACCUGUUCAAGAACUACUUUGAUGGGGAAGGAAAAGUGCGUAUGAUUGUGUGUGUAAAUCCAAAGGCUGAAGAUUAUGAAGAAAGCUUGCAAGUCAUGAGAUUUGCAGAAGUGACCCAAGAAGUUGAAGUAGCAAGACCAAUAGACAAGGCAAUAUGUGGUUUAACACCUGGGAGGCGAUACAGAAACCAGGCUCGAGGUCCAGUUGGAGAUGAACCAUUGGUUACCGACAUGGUUUUACAGAGUUUUCCACCUUUGCCAUCGUGUGAAAUUUUGGAUAUCAAUGAUGAGCAUACACUUCCAAAGCUGAUUGAAGCCUUAGAAAAACGACAUCAUCUACGACAAAUGAUGAUUGAUGAGUUUAACAAGCAGGCUAAUACUUUUAAAGCUUUAUUACAAGGAUUUGACAGUGCUGUUUUAAGUAAAGAAAACUACAUUCAAGGAAAACUAAAUGAAAAAGAAAAGGUGAUCUCAGGACAGAAAUUGGAAAUAGAACGACUGGAAAAGAAAAACAAAACUUUAGAAUAUAAGAUUGAGAUUUUAGAGAAAACAACCACUAUCUAUGAAGAAGAUAAACGCAAUCUGCAACAGGAACUUGAAACCCAGAAUCAGAAACUUCAGCGACAAUUUUCUGACAAACGCAGAUUAGAAGCCAGGUUGCAAGGCAUGGUUACAGAAACAACAAUGAAGUGGGAGAAAGAAUGCGAGCGUAGGGUGGCAGCCAAACAGCUGGAGAUGCAGAAUAAACUCUGGGUCAAAGACGAAAAACUGAAACAACUGAAGGCUAUUGUUACCGAACCCAAAACUGAAAAGCCAGAGAGACCCUCUCGGGAGCGGGAUCGAGAGAAAGUUACUCAAAGAUCUGUUUCUCCGUCGCCAGUUCCUCUUUCUAGUAACUAUAUUGCUCAGAUUUCCAACGGCCAGCAACUCAUGAGCCAGCCACAGCUACAUAGGCGCUCUAACUCUUGCAGCAGCAUUUCUGUAGCUUCCUGUAUUUCGGAAUGGGAGCAGAAAAUUCCUUCGUACAACACACCUCUCAAUGUCACAUCUAUUGCAAGGUGUAGGCAACAGGAGCCAGGACAAAGUAAAACUUGUAUCGUGUCAGACAGAAGGCGAGGGAUGUACUGGACUGAAGGCAGGGAGGUGGUUCCUACAUUCAGAAAUGAGAUAGAAAUAGAAGAGGAUCAUUGCUGCAGGGGUGAUGUUUACAAAACAAGGGGUGGUGGACAAUCUGUUCAAUUUACUGAUAUUGAGACUUUAAAGCAAGAAUCACCAAGUGGUAGUCGAAAACGAAGAUCUUCCACAGUAGUACCUGCCCAGGCAGAUGGCACAGAGUCUGAAUGGACCGAUGUAGAAACAAGGUGUUCCGUGGCUGUGGAGAUGAGAGCAGGAUCUCAGCUGGGACCUGGAUAUCAGCAUCACGCACAACCCAAGCGCAAGAAGCCAUAAACUGAUAGUCCCAGUAGCGAAAGAACAUUUUCAUUAGUGUGAGUGAUUUCUCCAAAGCCAUGCCAGAAGCAACCUUCUAAGCCAUCUUGUAGAACUCCAGGUUUGGUGAACAUCACAGAACUGAGCUACAUCAUACACUGGCCUAGGUCAAAGCUUCCCCCUAUGGUUCCAAAGACAUCUAGAAUUCAACACACUUGGUAUAGUACAUACCUUGCUGUAUUUAAUAUUAAUAUUAAUAGCAGAGAAAGACUCCUUUUUUUCAUUGCUGUAUGAACUUUUUUAUAAUGCUUUUUUUUGUAUAUUUCUUGUAUACUUAUAAACUAAUUCAUGAAAGUGUUCGUCUUAGGUGAUUAAGGAAGGAUAUGUCUAGAUCACACUUUAUUUUUUAUUGUGACUUUUCCAACUCUGGUCUGAAUAUUUCUUAAGGUUUUAAUAACAAAUGCUGCUAUUGAUUAGCUGCAGGAAUGCACUUUAGACCUAUUUGACAAUUCAAACUUUCAAAAUAAAGAUGUCAGUGACUGGCCAACAAUAAAACCAUUUUAGGAAGUUAUUUUGAAUUUUGUAUGUAUAUAUUCACUUUCUGUCAUUUAGAUAUGCCAAAAGAAUUAAAAUAAAAAGCACUAAGAAAUACAAA